AUGGAGGAGCCCAUCGCUCAUGAGGCGGAGCCGAUGAGCGACGCAUCGACGCCGAAGGUGGAAGAGAAUGAGACAGUGGGGCCGCCUCGAGUCCGCAAAAUCCGGAAGGUUCUGAAACAGAACGAACAUGGAGAAUUGACGGCUGAGUUCGAUGUAAAGGACGAUGGAACAGCUCAGCUCGUUGGCUUCGUGGUGCGCAAGCGUAAGGCCGUCGAUAAUGCCAUCGAGCUGAAAGGCGGGGAGCGGCAUCAGCUCAAGCGCACGAUUAAACGGCGAAUCGUGAGCAAAGAUCUGGCCCAGUCCAUCCAGAAAUCUGCCUCGUUGAAGGAGCUACUUGGCGAAGAGGUAGUGUCUGCCGCCACCUUGCACGAGAGAUGGGACAACGAAGGUUUGGCAGCAGUGUCGACCACGCAUGUGCGCAGGUUGGUGAUGCGCCUCGCGCCCGAACAGCUCGCGCUCAGCGCCAAGGCGGCCUCGAACGGCGCCGCCGCCAAAGACAGCUCCGCGGCCAAGAAAGCCAGGACCUCUGCCGCGACCUCAUCUCGCAGCAAAGCCAAGGUUGCGAAGAAAGAGGAGGUCAAGGACAGCGACGAAAGCGAUGCGGCCAGCAGUGCUGACGAGGCCGACAGGACGUCGUUGUCGUCGAAGAGCAAGCGCGCGCAGGCGGCGGCCAAAAAGAAGAAAGAGAGCGCCAAGUCGGCCGCGAAGAAGACCGCGAAGAAGGAGGCCGACAAGAAGCGCGGCACGGCCGCCGCCAGCAAGAAGGCGAAGAGGACCAGCGUCAGUAGCAGCAGCAGCAGCAGCAAGAAGACGAAGAAGGACAGCGACGCCGCCAAGAAGGCGAGCAGCAAGCGCACCUCCUCCUCAUCGUCGUCGAAGCGAGCGCGCGAGGAGAGCGACAACGAGGAGGGCGAGGCCAAGGCCAAGGGCGCGAAGCGCUCGGCGAAGAAGAAGGCCAAGAUCGAGGAGGAGGACGAGGAGGGCGAGCGGCCCAAGCCGCCUCCCAUUCCGUUCUCGUACAUCAAGAAGAAUAUGUACUUGCAUCGAUCGAUGCGGCACUGGUCGAGCGACGAAGUGCCCGUCUGCAACUGCCGACUGGUGUCCGGCAAGAAGGCCUGCGGCGAGAACUGCAUCAACAGGGUGUUGAACAUCGAGUGCAAGCUCAAGCACUGCCCGUGCGGCACCAACUGCAGCAACCGUCAGUUCCAGCUACGCAAGUACGCCAAGAUCGACCGCUUCCUCACCGGCAAGAAGGGGUGGGGCCUGCGAGCGAGGGAGAAGAUCCCCAAGGGCACCUUCAUCAUCGAGUACGUAGGCGAAGUCAUCAGCACCGACAUGUGCCAGGACAGGAUGAAGUACUACGAGGAGAUGGGGCUGGAGCACUACUACUUCCUCACGCUCGAUGGCUCCGAGUGUAUCGACGCCUCGCAGAAGGGCAACCUCGCCCGCUUCAUCAACCACUCGUGCAACCCCAACGCCAAAACGCACAAGUGGACGGUGGACAAGGAGAUCAGGGUGGGCAUCUUCGCCGAGGAGGACAUCCCCGUGGGGCAGGAGAUCACGUUCGACUACCAGUUCGAGCGCUUCGGCGGCAAGAAGCAGAAGUGCUUCUGCGGCGAGACCAACUGCCGCGGAUUCCUCGGCGCCAAGCCCAAGAAGCUUCUCCACCAGCGCAGGAAAGAAUAUGCGUCGAGGGCUAUCAUGGGUCGGCCGCGCGACAACGUGAUCAACCCGCUGACCGUGGAGGCGGUCCUGGAGCACGCCCUCCAGUUCAACCCCGUCAACAAGGUCAAGCUGGACGUGCUGUUCCCCGAGUCCGACCAGCAGCCGUCGCCGGCAUUGGGCGCCGGCCCGCCGAUGUCGCCCCCGCUGCUGGCCACCGCCGUCGCGCAGAUGUCGCCGGCCGCGCGGAGCGAGUUCAUGUCGAGCCUGCCGCCCAUCGUGCCCGUGUUCCUACGGCGCAACGCCAUCCGGGUCCACCGCCAGUGCUUCGUCAAGUACCACCAGCUCAAGGGCGCCGUAGUGGUCGCGACGCAGCCCGACGACGCGUCGUCGCUGGGCUCGGCCGGACCCUCUUCAGCCGCCACGACCACGGCGACUACGGCGGCCGCGAAGGCGACCAAGGCCAAGGCGGCAGCGAGGCGAGGAGGAGGAGGGAGAGCCAGCACGGGCGGACGGGCCAAGGCCAACGGCAAGAGCCGGACGUCGAAGUCAACGGCAAAGGGGAAGAAGAAGAAGACGAAGAAGGAAUCAUCGUCUUCAUCGUCAUCGUCGGAGUCGUCGUCAGAGUCAUCUUCUUCUUCGUCGUCGGAGUCGUCAUCGUCUGAGGAUGAAGAUGACGAGGGAGCCAAGAAGAGCGCCAGCAAGAGCCGGAGGAAGAAGGCAGUGGCAGACAGCAAGAAGAAGAAGACGACUACAAAGCAGCAGGCGGGAAAGAGCAAGAGAAAGGCGACCACGACAAAGGCGCGAGGCACAAAAGCGAAGGCCAAGAAGGCGGUGCCCGAGAGCGAAAGCGAAAGCGACGAGAAGAAGGAGAAGGAAAAGGAGAAGAAAGUGGAGGAGGACGUUCCUGACAGCGAACGGGAAGAAGAAGAAAAAGAAGAGGAAAAGGCCGCCAAGGAGGACAAGAGGAACGACGCCGAAGACAGUGGAGGAGGAGACAAGAUGGAAGAGGAGCCCAAGGAAGAGAAGGAGGUAAGCAGCCGACCCGACGGCGGCGAAGAUGGAGCGCGUGACGUACAAAAGGAGACGAAGGAGAAGGAUGAUGGUGGCGACGAGAUGGCGGACACGACUAAGGAGGAGGGUAAAGGUGCUAGCCCACAUCAGGAUGACAACGGCGAGGGCGAUGACGACGCUGCCCUGCGAGGAGAGAGUGGCCCCGAAGAUGAAGGCGAGGACAACAACAAAGGAGACGUGAUGGACGUUACACGAACAGAUACCCAAUAA